AUGCAAAAAGCCGGUUCCUCUCGGUUAACUAAAACGAAAUCACCAGAUUUUGUAUUCCAUCAGAUUUACAUUGAUAUUUUCCAUCUUACAAACAAUCCUCAAAAUAUUUCCUGUCUUGGUGAUGAUAGAUUGUGGAUAUGUGAUAAUAGCAAUAUUAUAGAACUCUACGAUGUAAAGGAGCAUUCACAAAACCGGUUUAUCAAAACGAAGACAAGGGCCAUACCAGAAGACAUAGUGUUAAGAAGCGGAGACUUAGUUUAUACUGAUGGCAUGUAUAAAACAGUAAACAUCGUUAAUAAUGACGAGAUACAAGAGUUGAUCAGACUUCAGAACUGGAAACCUCGUAAUGUCUGUAGCACUUCCUCUGGUGACAUUCUGGUUACUAUGGAAAGUGAUGACAACAAACAAACAAAAGUUGUUCGAUACACCGACUCUAUAGAGAGCCAAACAAUUCAAUUUGAUGAUGAGGGAAAACCACUCUAUUCCUCUGGCCUAAACAUGUACAUGUGUGAAAAUAAGAAUCUGGAUAUAUGUGUAGCUGACUAUGGUGCUAAAGCAAUAGUGGUGGUCAAUCGGGGCGGGAAACUGAUAUUCAGGUACACUGGACAUACUCCUUCUCCUAGGAAUGAAGCAUUCUGUCCACAAGGAAUCACUACAGACAGUGAGAGUCACAUCCUUACAACUGAUUAUGGUAAUCGCUGUGUCCAUAUCAUGGACAAAGAUGGACAGUUCCUUCAUUAUCUGACCCUUGGAAAAAAUAAACCGUAUGGAAUCUGCACUGAUACAGCUGACAAUCUUUUUGUUAUUUGCAAAGAGAAAAAAGUGUAUGAUUUGUGUUACACACAUAGUUGCAUUAUGAAAAUCAAAUACAUGUGGUGA